AUGGAAUAUCGUCACUCUGAUAAGAUGCCUGUCUCAAGUGCAGAUUAUUUCACCGGCAACAAUAUAACCAUGGCGGCACUGGAGGAUUCGGAUAUCCCCCGGCUUGACUCUGAAAAAUCCAUGGUCACUUCGGGUCCCCCUCAUGCAGCGACUCCUGGAUCUCAAAGCUGCAUGCAUCAAACUUCGAAUGACCAAACGCAUUGCCCAAAAUGCAAUACAUUCGCCUUCCUCGAUCAAUUGCUGCCCAAUGCUGGCGGUACUGGCAUAGACGACAACUUCAAUGUUUUCAACAACUACACAUCAACUGAUGACAUAAAAUGGAUGCUUAUGGGAAUAUCGUCCCGUCUCGAUGCCUUAGAGACUGCAGUUUCCACUGGAAAUAGCCGGAUGGAUCAACUAAGCUCUCAUAUCAUAUCUUUGCUAGGUAAUAUUCCAAGCAAAGAAGAAUUCAUCCACGCCAUUGGCGAUUUAAAGAAAAAUAUGAAGGGGUUCACUAAAGCACUACUGAUUCAACUUUUUGGCUGCCAUGUUCUGGGUGAGGUGGACACAGGAGACAAUCCAUAG